UUUUAUAUUAGUCUUCACAUAAUCUUCUAUAAAUGGGGUUCACAAUUCCACUGCACUUGAUGACGAUGAUAUCCGAAAGUUAAAUUGCUUAAAACAAAUAUGGCGCUGCUUGGGAGAGGUGACUGGCAAAGUCCGUCUCCUUUUUGGCAAAAUGGUCCAGCACCGGGCGUUUCAUAUAAUUUUCCGGGCACCGUCUCGCACGGUAAGCCUGAUGGAAUCCAACGGUCACAAGCCCCAACUACAACGGGUACUUCGGUAGUUGGUAUUCAGUACAAGGAUGGAGUACUAAUUGCUGCUGAUAUUUUGGCUUCUUAUGGCAGUCUGGCAAGGUACAGAAAUUGUGAGCGAAUCAUGAAAGUUAACAACAACAUCUUGUUAGGAGCAGGUGGUGAUUACGCCGACUACCAAUAUAUCAAGAACCUCAUCGAGCAAAAAAUUUUAGAGGAAGAGUGCCUUGAUGACGGGUUUACCUUGAAGCCAAAGUCUUUGCACUGCUGGCUUACUCGAAUAAUGUACAACCGACGUUCAAAAUUUGAUCCAUUUUGGAACAAUUUCAUCAUUGCAGGCUUAGAAAAUGGCAAACCAUUUUUGGGAACAGUAGAUAAACUUGGCACGGCAUAUACCGAUCCAAUAAUUGCAACAGGGUAUGGUGCAUAUAUGGCAACACCAGUAAUCCGUGCGGCUUAUGAGAAGAACAAAGAAAUGAGUAAAGAGGAAGCCCUUGAUCUCAUAAAGCAAGUUAUGACAGUCCUUUAUUACAGAGAUGCCAGAUCUUUUCCAAAGUAUCAUAUCGGGAUAAUAGAUAAGGAAGGAAUAGAAAUAAAGGGGCCGAUUACAUUGGAGAGCAACUGGGAGGCUGCUGUAAUGAUAAAAAGUUAAUUUACAAUGACAAUUAUGGAAUAUGUCCUUUUAAUGUUACUUUUCAUAAAUAAAUCAUAAUUUACCAAUUAA